UAUUAGAUCUCUUUUAUGUCAAAUGUAAUUAACCUUGAUUUUACUAUUGUGUGUUUUAGAAAUUUCAAAUUUUACAUUAACAGACCUUAACCAGACAGUAAUAAUUUGUUUAAAAUAUAACAACUAACUUAAUUGUGAUCGAGAUUAAUAAUUAUCAAUAAAUAAGAUAAAAAAUACUAGAAUUUAAAUAUAAUGUAAACUACUUCAGAUAUAACAACAUUAAUAUAAUUAACGUUGCUAUAAGUUUAUAUUUAAAAAUAUACAUUAUUCUAAACCAAUGGACGAACAAAAAAUUUAUAAUGAAAUCCUGUCGCCUUCAACAACUUGGAAAUUUUGGACACAAAGGCGAUAUAUUUUAGCUAUCCUAGUUUUUUUCGGAUAUUUGAAUAUAUAUUCUUUACGAGUUAACUUAAGUAUUGGUAUUGUGGUUAUGACACAAGACAGAUAUGUAUUAUUACCAAAUGGCACUGAACAAAACAUAGGUCCAGAAUUCACAUGGAAUAACGAAAUUCAAGGCUAUUUAUUAAGUUCGUUUUUCUAUGGAUAUUUAAUGACUCAAAUACUUGGAGGAUUCCUUUCCAAGAGGUUUGGAGGAAAGUUAAUCUUUGGAGGAGGUGUUGCAGGGGCUGCUUUCUUUACUUUGCUUAGCCCGCUCUUUGCAACCAUAAAUGUGUAUCUUCUUUUGGCUGCAAGAAUUUUCAUGGGAAUAUUUGAGGGUGUGACGUAUUCUAGUUUGUUCUCUAUGUGGGCUAAGUGGAUUCCUCCCAGUGAAAGGAGCAGGUUUACUAGUCAAGCAAAUUCAGGCAGUUAUACUGGAGCAGUUUUUGCUAUGAUGUUUUAUGCUUAUUUAGCUGACGCCAGUGGUUGGAGGAGUGUGUUUUACUUUUCAGGUGGGCUGGCAUUAGUUUGGUACAUGCUAUGGGUUUUGCUAAUACAAGAGUCUCCAGAAACAGACAAGUGGAUAUCAAACUUCGAACUACAAUACAUUCAGCAAGCCUUAAAGGAGUCAAAGCCCACCAAAUCCGUUUCAGUACCAUGGAAACAUGUUUUAACAUCUAAAGCUGUGUGGGCAUUACAGGUAGCAGUAUUUUGCGAAACUUGGGGAUUUUAUACUUUGCUUACCCUCCUACCAAAGUAUUUCAAAGAUGUGUUUAACUUCGACAUUUCAAAAUCAGGAAUACUUUCUGCAUUGCCCUACAUAUUUAUAGCCAUAAUGAUGCAAGUUACAGGUCAACUGGCAGACAGGGUUGUUCAAAAGAAACUUCUAAGCAUAACCUGGGCAAGAAAAACGUUUAUGGCUAUUGGGUUUUUGUCGCAGACGUGUUUUAUGUUGGGUGCAGCCUUUUGGGGAGAAGCUUCUGGAACUGUGUUUUGUUUAGUAUUUGCUGUAGGAAUGGGCUCCUUUGCUAUAGCUAUUAUAAGUGUAAAUGCCUUGGAUAUCGCUCCAGUAAAUGCAAGCAUCCUAUUCGGAAUCGUAAAUACAUAUGGCACCAUUCCUGAAUUAUAA